CGCUGCAACUCCAAGUGCGUCUCGGAGCCCACCUUCUACCGCCUGGUGCAGUCCUUCGCGGUGGUCCUGUUUGAGUGUCACCAGAUGGACGACUUCGGGCCUGCCAAGAACCUCAUGACCAUGUGCUUCACCUACUACCACAUCGGUAAGCCGCACCUGCUCCCCGCAGAGUCCAAGGAGAAGCCGGCUGGGAGCAUCGACUCCUACCUGAAGUCAGCCAACAGCUGGUUGGCGGAAAAGAAGGACAUUGCCGAACGGCUGCUGAAGAACACGUCGGCCAAGACGGAGAACGUCAAGGGCUUCUUUGGGCUGGAGACCAAGCCCAAGGGGCCCCCAGCCAGGAGGAGCGAGGAGGAAGAGGGCAGACCCCAGGAGAAGCCGCGGAAGACGGUGACUGUGUGCAGCCUGGAGGAGGAGAGGAAAGGAGAGAAGAUCUAUCUGUACACACACCUGAAGCAGCAGCCCAUCUGGCACACGCUGAGGUUCUGGAAUGCAGCUUUUUUUGAUGCCGUCCACUGUGAGAGGAGAAAGCGGUCUCCCACGACCAGAGGGGAUGCUGGAGAGGAGGAGAAGAAGAGGGAGAGGUGGUGCCACAUGACCCAGGAGGAGCGGGAUGACAGCCUGCGGUUCAACGAGAACAUCACCUUCGGGCAGCUGGGCACGUUCACGCACAACAUGCUGGCAUUCGGGCUGAACAAGAAGCUGUGCAAUGACUUUCUGAAGAAGCAGGCGGUGAUCGGCAACCUGGACGAGGAGCAGUACAAGCUACUGAGUGACCACAUCGAGCAGAUGGCUGCCGAGUAGGCUACGGGAGGUGGCCCAAGACUCCCCCAGGAGGACUGCAGCUGGCUCUCACCCCCCCUGCAUGACAUCGGCAGCACCCACGCCGCCCUAGAACUAGCGGUUAGAAGAAUCUGGUUGCCCAUCCUCCCCGCCUCCCUCUGCCUGUGUCUGCCCCCCACCUGCGUGCCAAAGUGCCCCUGGGAUUACACUGCUAAAACCGAGGUGACUGUCCAUACCCCCAAGUGGCAGGCCUGCGACAUGGGACCGAGGGGGCACAGGAGGAAGGAUGCUGGGUCUAGGGCGGGCACGUGUCCAUCACAGCCUCCUGCUGAGAAGAUGGGGCGUGUGGGAAGGUAGGGAAGGGCAGCUGUGAGCUGGCACAUGUCAGCCCCAUGCCAGUGACAUGGGGCAGAUGGGAGUGAGGAUCUGGGCCCCUCCCCGCAGGGUGGGACUGGGUUUCUCCCACAGCCAAGCAGAGCGGGGGUGGCCUCUUGAGUGUCAGCCCGGCUGGUACUGGGUCCCCUCUCCGUGUGACAGAAGCUCCCAGAGGAGAGAGACACCCUCUAUUUCAGGGCGAGAGAGAGAUCGAGGCAGUGGAUGGCUUUCUUGGCUGCAGAAUGCCCAGCCACAGUCAGGGGUGGGGGCGCCCGGGGACGUCACGGCUCCGAGUAGCUGUGUUGGACCCACGCGGCCCUCAGGUGUCUGUGUGAAGUGUCUGAGAUGUUCCCGGUCAGCUGACCACUUCCCUCUGGGACAGAGAGACUUCCACCACUUGCUCCCUAGGGCCGUCUGUUCCAUGAUGAAGCCCAGAAAAGAGAAUUUUCUUCAGCAGCUUCAAGACAUCUGCCCUUUCUAAAAGCAAACAGUGCUGCGCUUUAUUUUUAAAAGACAGAAAAAUCUGUGUCAGUGUUACAGGCAUCGUGGCCCAGGUGGCUUCUGGUGAGGACUGUGCAGUUUGCAGGGUCAGGCCCUCCACCCCGGCCGCCUGGGAAGCCUGCACCGCCCGCUGCCCGAGCCCUCAGGCCGCUUUCCCAAGGACUCUGCGGACACCCCCCUCGCCGUCUCGGGUGCUGGGAGCCAGGGGUCCUCCCCGCAGGUCUGUCCAGGCACAGCUGCCUAGCCCAAGGGACUGCGAUCUGGCGGCAAGCCUCCAGCAUGCUGGCUGCCCUGGCCAGCCUGGCUCCAGGGCGCUGGCCUUGUGAGGCCAGUGGGGCUCUGUCCUUCCUGCCCUGGCCAUCCAUCCUGUGUUGCCACUCCAUCUCCUGCAGCAUGACAAACACGUCCGAGACUCAGCCCUCCAGGCGGAACUUCACAGGUUCCCUAAUGGGGGAUGCCUCCCUGGAAUGUUCCAGAGAAGAGCAAGUGUUGGUUGAGCUGAGGAACGCACGUCCUGGUGAUCAUAAGAGAGGCGAUGGGAAACACACAGGACCUGAGUGUAUUGGUGUGAGAUGUCCUGUCAGGAGACUCGGGGUGGGGGCUUGGGCUCCAGGAGCCCCGCUGUGUUCAUGAUGGCACACACACCCAUGUGUGUGUGUGCGUGUGUGCGUAUGCUGGCAGUCUCUCUGGCCACAUCACUGAACAAAGCACAGUCAUGUGGCUGGUUUGCCUGUCCUGUGUGGGGGCAGGCCACGCUGGCUGGAAACUGGCCCAGUGAUCGGAUAUGUCUCUCCUGAAUGCAGUUCAGAGAAAUAACAUCCAGCUCACGAGUGUGCAGGCCUUGCUCCAGUGCCUGCUAGAGGUGAUGCUGCCCCUCCUAAGACGUUCAACAACCCCCUGAUGCUCUGUGCUGCGCCCCCACAACCCACUGAAGUCAGGACCAUGCCCAGUGAGCAGCUUGUCUGAGGCCCUCAAAGGGACAUCUCUCCACUGCGUGUCAUAGGCUUUCUUAGUUUUUUCUUAGUGGUUAGUUGAAAUGCAUUAACACUUUAUUCUAAGGUGCCCAAAAGACUUAUCCUUGUAUAUAUAAGAUUUGUGUGGAAGUGUGAUUCACUCUGAUUUCUGGAGGAAGACAGUAGCUUCCGGGUCUUUCCAGGGAUGCUGGGGAGUGGAGGGCUCUUCCCCCCUGGGUGGGGUGGGAGGACCCACACAAACUGGGAAGGAAAUGCAGCUUUGACUUCUCCGAGCUUUUCCAAGCACUUUCACUUCAGGAUGAUCCUGAGACCUUUUUUUGUUUUUCCCAUAUAGGUCUCUUGCAAUAGCAGUUGAAGGUAGAAACAAGGGUGGCUUUGGGUCUUUUCCCCUGCCCUUCUUCAUAUAUUAAUAGAUCCAGCUCCUGAGAGAGUAAGUCUGACCCCAAAACUGCUGCCCGAAAUGCUGAGCCCCAUGAGUGGACACCACCAGAGACUGUGGGCCUCAUGGAGUGGCUGACGUCGAGGUGGCUGGGAGGCUGCUCUGCCGUCUCCUCUUGGUGACUGUCUUUCUCCGAGCAGGUCACCUCAGGGUGUCUGGCCAGCAUCACCCAGAGGAGGCACAGCGUCCCUAGCAGAAGCCAGCCGCUUGCCUCGCUGACACUUCCUCUCUGUGACGUGAUCUUCCUUGUGAGGCCCGGCCAGAGCAGACAGACCCAGGCGGGCGCUCAGAGGUGCCAGUGUGUGAAGCAGUCUCACCCACCACAUGCCCGGGAGGCUCUGCAGAAAGCGCUCUGCUGGCCCUUCCUGUAAACCCAGGAACUUCCUGUAAACUUAGACUCAGGGCAGGAAGCAUCGGGUCGUAUCCACAAGGAGAUUCCCAUCCCAGCAGGUUCAGGGUCCCAAGCCGGAGCUUCAAAGCCCUGCGUUAGCAAUGACAUGGCGGGUCUCCUGCUGUCUGCCCUUCAGGGCUCUGUGAAUGUAAUGAGCCCAAACAGCUGAUUCUCCCAAGUAAAAAGUACCCUGCUUUGCAAACAGGAUUCUGUUGAGAUGUGGCUUUGUGUGUCUUCAUCCUUUGUUAGAGUUCUAGCAAUAUUGAUAGGUGUUUAAGAGGGGCGUGCUAACAUUCAGAUUGUAUCUGCUGUGUGUGCAUGUUUAACCAAAGGCAGGAGAACCAAGUUCUGAUACUGUAAGUUAUUUGUACAGUGAAAUGGAGUAGACCGUGAUUUUCCUAUUGCCAAAAAACAAAACCAACCAGGCCAAGGAGCUCUUAAUCUACCAAAAGGAGGACUAGAAAGAGAGUUCAAUUUCUGAGAUUUGUGCUCCAGUGAAACCUAGGAGGGUCAAGGAUGGAGCCCCAAGGAUGCAGUUCGAGAUGCUGCCUGACCUCUUUCCUCCUUCCCGGAGCCCAUACUCACCUCUCCCUCCCCAGUUAGAUUGUGACUUCCACUGCCGUGGAGAGAAGGUGGCAGCCUUGAGGUGUGUUUUUCUGCAGGCUGUUUUAAGUGCGUUAAUUUAUCACCCAGAGCAGUGUAUCCCAGCCUCCUGAUGUGAGAAAAAGGUGUGUUCACACCACAAAGGAGUCUGUCAGGGGUUUUGUCAAACCCAGGUGACCACAACCGGAAGUCAGGGCCGCAGCUUUGAGCCUGACCUUCCUGGGUGUCACUGCUCCCUGAAGAGUUGGCUUUUUAGUUAGGGAGGAUCUGGCAGGCCCGUGUGUGUGGUCAGAUAAGCUGUGUGGCCAAACUACCUACAACUUGAGACAACUGGGCAGCCGGGGGCGGAGUCAUUUGCCAGAGGACUGGGGAGAUUGGGAAGGAAGGGGAAGGGCCCUGCUGCAGCCUCGGGGAGGGGGCAGCAGCUGGGUGUCCCAGCCUGGUCACCCCACUGGCCACGCACUUCUUCAGCCACGGACAGAGCUACGGGUUUGCAGGGUUCUUGUUCCCCCACCCACAGCCUUUUAGUUCCCUUGAGCCGCUGCUCCUACCACUCAGAGGUCUCGCCCCGUCUCCCUGGAAAUCGUUUAUUCCUUUUUAUGACUCUCGAGGGUGAGAUCUGCUUGACAAGCUUUUGACUCUCCCCUCUCCCCGGCCCCCUUCAGGGGAAUGGUGUUGGCGGCAGUUCCGCUAAUUGGCUGGUGUGUGACACUCAGACCUGGGCUGGAGCCGGGCCUUGCUCAAGCCACAUGCCACAGUACCUCCCUGUGGCCGUGUGGCUGGGAGUAGGGCUGUGAGGGUUAUCCAGAUAGCAGAUGGGGGGAGCAUUCCAGAUGGUUCCCAUCUAGGGGUACCCAGCCAAGAGCGUCAAGAUGCUCCUCAUGGCUCCCUGGGCCUGUUCUGCUGGUGUCUCCCUGCUGUCCUUCCCCAAGCAAGCGCCUCAGACACCAUCUGCCUUGUCCCUAGGUGGCCUGGCUCCGGCCUGUGUUCCCAAGUCGGCUGGCCAGUCUGAGCUUGAGACGAGCAGAGAGCUGGGGAGGAGACCCUCCCCCUGGCUGUGUCCCCAGGAUUCAAGGGGCCCCGCUCCUGCUGUAGAGUUCUCAGUCAGAAUGGUCUGGGUUUGCUGUGUUCCCAUCGCUUCUCACAGGACCUCUGUGCAGGCGGGGUGACCUGCAUCCUGGCCUGGCCUGCAGGGCCAGACCAGGGCGCUGUCUCUCAUUGCCCUCCUGAGUGGUAUGCUGAGCUCGGAGGAGGGCUCCUGCUGGUGAUGCCCCUUGGAGCCUUAGGGGGGCUACGUCUGUCCUCUCCUUGGUCCAGGAUGAUAUGCUUGUGGAAACAGAAGUGCUCAGCGGGCUUCGUUCCAAUGCACGGGCCCACAUGAGGGCCCUGGUCUGUCCCUGUGCUGGAGGCUUGGAGUCCCAUGGACACCUUGAGAAGGACAGCCAACCAAAGGAGAUGCUCACACUCAGACGGCAGGCCCUUCCCCUUAAAGUGUGAGAGAGCUGGUGGCCCUAACCAUGGCCUCUGGGGCUGCAGCAGGGUCUCCCAUGUGCUUUCCCUGUUUCUCUCUCGCCCGUUGGUCUUGGACUCGAACAUCCCACUGGCCACUUCCACACAUCGCCCUUAGUGACCCAGAAAUCAGGGUCAGUGAUUCGAGUGUGUUAUGUGUACAGUUUUGCAGUCUUAUAUCUCAUGAGGUUGUGUUCUACAAACUAUGUUUUCAGGUGGAGAAAGUUUAAAGAUUGAGCUCUCAAAACAGCGCUAAAAAUCAAAGCUGUUUCCUGUGAAGAAAAAAAAAGUCCACAUAUUGCACCUCAGAUUGUCAGAAGGUGGAAACUGAAAUAAAUUAUCUC